AUGGUGUUCGGCAAUGUCUUCAUCGUCCUCGGCUCCGGCGUCGCUGGAUCCGUUCUCACCGGUGACGCCAAACUUCCUAAACUGGGGGAUGUAUUCUCUGGAGCCGCCAAGUUUGUGAAGAAACAUGGGAAAGAAGGCGGUGACGCAAAGUCUGGCAGCAGCGAUCAGAAUCAGUUGCUAUCUCAGAUCAACAAUCUCAGGGAGCAGAUACACACCCUAGCCACAACACCAAAUACAAUAGUGACACCGGCUGCGAAUUCUGGACCCGGCGUAUAUACUAUAACAGCAGUUGUUGUUGCUGGGGCUAUCGGCUAUGCUUAUAUAAAGUGGAAGGGAUGGAAACUCUCUGAUAUGAUGUUUGUGACAAAGCGUGGUUUAUCUGAUGCUUGCACUGCUGUUGGCAACCAUUUGGAUCAAGUUUCAGACUCUGUCGUUGUCACAAGGAAACAUCUGGCUGGGAGGAUUGAUCGUGCGGAUAUUAGUUUAGAUGAAACCCAGCAGAUUAUUGAAGGCACAAGGGAUGAGGUUGGAAUCAUACAUGGAGAUCUAAGUGCUUUCCAGGAGGAUUUGCAAUCAGUCAAUCUUGUAGUUCGGACUCUGGAAUCCAAGAUUGGGCGUCUUGAAAGCUCUCAGGAUCAAACGGUAGACGGAAUAAAUCACCUUUCUCUGGAGUCGCCAAUCUCCUCACCUGUAGCUGAGUCGCCUAGAGCAGAGACAUCCCUGCAGGUUUCACCUGCGGCCGAACGGCCUGAGACGACAUCGCAGGAGGAGCAGGAGCAGGAGAGUGUUAGCCGAACAUGUCGUACGAGAAACAGGGAAGGAUCAUGUGAGCAGAAGUCAUCCCAUUCGCAUGGGGCCUCAUCAUCGUCAUCAGCAUCAUCGGCGGCUAUAGCAGCUAGCAUGAAGACACAAAACCCAAGCUCGAGCCGAUUGGGGGGCCUGUGGAUGCCUGUGCUUGGCACUUUGCUCAGGGCUUCUGCUUUAAGUUAG